GCACUGCACUUAAAUUGGACAAUAAUAUAAAGAUAUCUGCGAGUUUUCUUAAGGUUACCUGCUUCAUAUUACAGUCUUGCAUUUACUGAAGAGAUAUUUAUUUUCGGUUUUGCUUUUGUCUGAUAGUAUAUUGAAGAAAAUGACAUUUAUCGAGGGGUUCAAUUUUAGAAGAUCAAAUUAUUAUUGAAAAAAGAACAAUCAUCUUUGAAUAAUUUCUCUAAUAUCAUUGAUUGUAUUUGUUAAAGUCUUUCAAAUUUAUAUGCACGAAUAUCCCGGGGGUAGUGACUGCCAUAAGGCACUUGAAAAUUGCUCAGCGGCUGUCUUAAGGUUGCGUUCCCAGUGUGUUAUCAUGUUCUUCCGCAUCCUGUUUAAAAACAUCAUGGACGGUUGAUAUUUAAGGAUAGCAUGCCAAUUUAUUGGAUUCUUUCCACUGUACUUUUUUUUUUGUUUCUUGCACUUUAAGGAAAAUUCAAUUCCAUAGAAGUAUAAGAUCUUUUUGGAAAUAUAGGUAGUUACUUAUUUUUUUCCGUGGUUUAAUUGUAUGGAAAUAAUGAAUUUGAGACCCACUCAUGCAGUUAAUUACAAAGAUAGAGUAUGAAUUUUGAUUCUUAUUUUUAUCCUCCUUCCUAGUACAUUGGUUUUAGUCCCCAAAUCUUGAGCAUUUCUGGGAUUUUAGCAAGACUUGUUUCAAUCAUUUUGAAUUUUUGUGUAAUUUGAGUAUGUGGCUAAGAUAUGUUGUACUUCUCUAAGACGAGCUUGUCUAUAGAGUUAGCAAGUAAGAAUGUAUCGUUUCUUAAUUUUAAUUUAAAGUGCAUCAUGAUCAUAACCCCCCUCUAAGGAAUAUUAGGCUGGAUGCUCCGUUUACUUUCUCAUAAUAGAGAUUCUACAAACUCGCUUUAGAGGUUUUUUUCCAGUUUAUAUUAGGAAGAUACGUGUAAUGUGUAUGAAUCUUAGUAGAAAAGUUGUCACUCUAUAUCAGUUCCCAGCAUUCAAUAUUUUAUUUUCAGGUAGGAUGCGGCCAUGGAUUACCUGGAAUCUUUGCAUUGCUCGAGGGGGCUGCUGCUGUACAUUUUCAAGACUUCAAUGCUGAGGUCCUACGUUGCCUCACCAUUCCUAAUUUAAAUGCAAAUAUUUCUGGAGAAUCUCAACCAUCACCAUCCAACCCGACAAUUUGUGACAACCGCUUUUUUGCUGGUGACUGGAGUGGAAUUGAUAAACUGCUCCCUCAUGUUAGUACGGAUGAUAAUUAUGGUGGUGGUUAUGACUUUAUUCUGAUGGCUGAGACAGUUUACUCGGUCAGCAGUCUCCAAACUCUUUAUAAUCUUAUUAAAAAGUGCUUGCAACAUCCUGAUGGAGUUGUAUACAUGGCAGCAAAGAAGUAUUAUUUUGGAGUAGGUGGUGGAUCUCGGCGAUUUCUGUCCCUGGUAGAAAAGGAUGGUGUCUUGAGCAGUAGUCUGGUUGCUGAAAUCACAGACGGUUCAUCUAAUGUGCGUGAAGUAUGGAAGCUUGCAUUCAAGUAGUAAUAGUAUUUUCUUCCUUCACCAUUCAAACUGUCCCCGGUUUAUCUGGUCAUGAUUUCCCAUGCAUGGAAAAGGGGCUAGUGGGGAAGUUGUUGUAGAAAUCGUGUGGUCAGGUGAGAAUCUUAUCGUCCCAUGCUAUACCUUUCUGCCUUUACAGGGCUUGGUUUUUCUUGGUCUAUUGUAUUUUCUAUUAGGUGAUGCAAAUAUAUAUAAUGUUUCCAUUUGUAUUUAUUUUGAUUCCUAGAGGGAUAAGGUUUUUGUUUUUGUUGUAUUUACUUUUAUCAGAUGCACAUUGCUGGAGAUAACCCCUUAUCAGAUAUUUAGGAAUCAAAGAAUGAUCAUAACAUGAGGGAAGCAGAAGCAAAUCUGUCUCAUAAUUUUAAAUUGCAAAGCUCCUAUAAUUAUGGUAAAGAACAGAAAGAUUAUAUAUUAAUCCAA